CUCACUCGCGCUAAUGCCGCUGAGGCGAGGGGCCCGCGUUGCUCGCCAUGGAAAAAGCCAGGCCGUCGCCCCGCCCGGUCCCAACCUUAUAAAAGGCAGCGGGUGGCACUCGCCUUCCCUGUCUCAUCCAGCCUCUGCAAACUGCAACAGCAUCCUCCUACACUCAACUAAAUCUUUACGGCAAACGACCCUUCCGCCAUGGGUAACGUUUACAACUUCCUCAUGGCCUUCUCGGCGGCCAUGGGUGGUCUUCUUUUCGGUUACGAAAUCGGUGUGAUCGGGCAGGUCCUGGCCAUGGACUCGACUUUCGGUGUCUACUACGGCCUCACAAGCCUCGUCGACGGCAAGUACGUUGCCACCGACGCGAACACAUCCAGGACUGGUGAUAUCACAUCUCUGUUCUUGGUCGGUUGUUUGGUCGGUGCCCUCGCGGUCUCCUGGAUGGCCGAUGUCAUCGGACGCAAGAAGUCUAUCCUCGUCGGUGGUGUUCUGUUCACCGCUGGCGCCGUUCUCCAAACCUUUUCCAACGGCUUCGGCAUGUUGAUCGCUGGUCGUAUCAUCGGUGGUGCCGGUAUCGGUAUCCUCUCUAUGGUCGCCCCUCUUUACAUCGCCGAGACCGCCCCCGCCCACCUCCGUGGUCGGAUGGUUACCGUUCAGCAGCUCAUGAUCACCAUCGGUAUCUUCGUCGCCUCCUGCAUCAACGCCAUCAUCAUCAAGACCGUCGACGGCGACACCAAGUGGCGUCUUGCCCUCGGUAUGCAGAUGGUUCCCGGUGUUGUCCUCUUCUUCCUCACCUUCAUCAUGCCCGAGUCUCCCCGUUGGUUGGCCAACCGUGACCAAGACGCUGAGGCCCUCCGCACUCUUGCCAAGCUCCGCUCCGUUUCCCAAGACGACCCCGCUGUCAUUGCCGAGCACCGUGAAAUCAAGGAGUCCAUCGAGAUGGAACGUCAAAUCGGUACUGCCAACUGGUCUGAGCUCCUCAAGCCCGGAAUCCUCAACCGUACCGUCUACGGUUUCCUCAACCAGAUGUUCCAGCAAUGGACCGGUAUCAACUACAACAUGUACUAUGCUCCCAAGCUCAUUGAGCGUAUGGGUUUCAACAAGGACGAUGCCGACAUUCCCUUCACCAUCGCCAACAACUUCAUCAACUUGAUCGGUACCUUCCCCGGUAUGUACCUGAUCGAGCGCUCCGGUCGCAGAAAGCUUUUCCUGUGGGGUGCCCUCGGUAUGGGUAUUUCCCAGCUCCUCACCUGCCUGUUCGCCAACCUGUCAACAAACCACGGCAAGGGUUUCUCCUGGGCUGCCAUCUUCGCCGUCUACGGUUUCGUCCUGAACUUCGCCGCCACCUGGGGACCCGUCGUCUGGGUCUACCAGUCCGAAAUCUUCCCCCUCCGUGUCCGCUCCAAGGGUACUGGUUUCGCCACCAUGUCCAACUGGGGUAACAACGCCAUCAUCGGAAAGGUCGGACCCAUCAUGACUGCCAACAUCGAGUUCUACACGUACCUCGUGUUUGGUAUCAUUGCCCUCACGGCCGGUGUCUACGUCUACUUCUUCAUCCCCGAGACCAUGGGCAAGUCCCUCGAGGACAUGGACGUCGUCUUCGGUGCCACCCCAACCACCCACCACGCUGCCCAGAAGGAGCUCGAGGAGGCUGAAGUUGAGGCCACCAAGGCCAAGGCGUAAGCGAUUCGCUACCUCAUCAUUUACAUUCGCUCUCCCCACAUAGAAAGCCAUUGUGCUGCAGUUGCGUACCCCCUUGUACAGUUGUUAGUGUUGUUACCCUCUAGUUUCCUCUUCUCCAAAUAAGAAGUUUUGAUCGUCUCGCUGUGCGAACGAACCUGGAAAUAUCCGUGCCUCUGUCCUCGCUUGAUCUUUAUGCCUCUACCGUGUCUGUCCUUCGCUUGAUUCGUGUUGUUCGCUGGUCCGCUGCGUCUCUUCGUCUCUUGGUCUUCUUGCUGUUCUGCUCAACGCUGGCGUGCGUGCUCUUUGUGUGCGCCUUUGCAUCGUCUUGCUCAUAUCGCCGAAGUUCAUGGGAUU